AUGCGCGCUUCCGCGGUAGCCACUGCUGCCUUGGUCGCAGGUUCGACCCAGGUGCAAGCUGCUCCCACUUUCGGCCUGGCCUUUGGUCUUAUCAAGGGUCUCUCCACUGCCGUCCAUACUGAUAUCAACCUUCUUCUGGGUUCUCUCGGCCUUGGUGUCCAGACCAACGCCAACGUCCAUGGUCAAGCCAUUGGCUUCGGUGGUGUUGGAUGCCCCUUCUCCCUGGCCAACCAGGCUGGCGUUUCUGUCAACGCUGGUCUCCACGGCGCUCUUUCUCACAACAUCGGCUUCACUGCUGGUGUCAACGGCGGUGCUUUCAUCAACUGGAGAAACUUCAAGGCCAACGGAGUCACCCUGAGCGGUUGGUUGGUCCAGGACAAGUCCCUCGAUGUCGACUGGUGGAACAAGUACGGCUCUGACUGCGACGACGAGUGGUCUUUGACUGCCAAGCUCGGUGCUCAGGCCGGUGCUGUCCUUGAGGCUCGCUAUGCUUCCUUCAUCACCACCAGCUACAUAGAUUCGCUCGCUGCUGCUGGCAUCAACCUUCUGAGAAUCCCCACCCACUACGCUGCUUGGGUUUCCGUCCCUGGCAGUGCUCUCUACCACGGUAACCAGCAGGCUUACCUCAAGACCAUCUGCCAGUACGCCAUUGAGCGCCACGGCAUGCACAUCGUCAUUGGUCUUGACUCUCUCCCCGGUGGUGUCAACGGUCUUGCUGCCGGUGAGCGCAUCGGUGCCACCGCUUGGUUCAACUCUGCCGAGAACCUGUCCUACUCCUUCAAGGCCAUUGAUGCCAUCCUCGGCUUCAUCUCCGCUACUGGUCACGUCAACGCCUUCACCAUCUCUCCCAUCAACGAGCCCUGCGAUAUUACCGCUCAGUUCGCCACUCAGGGCGGCCUCAGUCUCGGUGCCACCAACUUCAUCAACAGCUACGUCCAGGGUGUUCUCAAGAAGAUUGGCCAGGUCGACGCUCGCAUUCCCUGCAUGGUUCAAGAUGCUUUCCUUGGCCACGACUACUGGGCUCCUUUCUUCUCUGUUGGUGCCAACAUUGUUAUUGACAGCCACGUUUCUUUCUCUGUUUCCGCCAACGCCAACCUCUCCGCCCACCUGAUCGCCCCCACCGUCUGCAAGCAAGCUUCUCUCCUCAAGGGUUCCGGCAAGUUCCCUGUCUUCGUCGGUAGCUACGGCAUCCAGGCUCAAGAGGGUAACACUCUUUCUGGCCGCAAGACCAUCUACAACACCCAGAAGUACGCCUACGCUCAGAACCUGUCUGGUGGUUGCUUCAGCCACGCAAAGGCAUACUCGAACAGCAUCUCCGUCUCUGGCGAGGGCUCUGCCUCUGACUACAACUCUUUCCAGAACUUGAUGACUGCCAACGUCGCUACCAAGAACACUGAUUCUUGCUACUGCUAG